GCGGCCGCGGCGGAGCGCCGCACUCGCCGGGGGCAGCGGAGCGGCAUGGCGGGGCGCUGAGCGCAGGGAGCGGCCCGGCACCCGGCCCCGCCGCGGCAUGGGCGGCCGCGGGCUCGUGCGAUGAGCGCUCCCCCGGCGGUCAUCCCCCGCGCGAAUAUGGGCACAGCCGUGUCCAAAAGGAAGACGCUGAGGAACGAGGCCAUGUCGUCGGUGGCGGCCAAAGUGAGAGCAGCAAGGGCUUUUGGAGAAUACCUUUCACAAAAUCAUCCUGAAGGCAGAAAUGGCUCAGAUCACCUGUUAGCAGACUCCUACAUCGGGCAGGAGGACUCCCCCGAGAUGCAGCAGGCAGCACAGAACAAGCGCAGGCUCUCCGUCAUCUCCGAUGGCAAAUUUGAGAGGAGCUUCUCCGAGGAGCAGACAGAGAAGAUGCCAAGUGAGGGACCAAAGCCACGAGUCUACACGAUCUCCGGCGAGAGGCCGAUGCUGUCAGACCACGAGAACGAAAGUAUGGAACUGGUGGUGAUGAAAGGGGCUGCCCAAGAGGAAUGCCACCAUGGCCACCUCGUGCACGGUGCUGGUGGCUCUCACGGCGUCAGCAGGCAUUGCAAGGGCUGGCCUGGCAGCCGGCAGGGCUCCAAGGAGUGCCCAAACUGCACCCGGCUGGCUGCCCCGUCCCAUCAUUCCUUUGAGCUAGAGCAGCAUCAAUCCGGUGAGACUGGAUGGCACAGAAAAAGGCUGGAGAGGAUGUAUAGUGUUGAUCGAGUGUCUGAUGAUGUCCCCAUACGAACCUGGUUCCCAAAAGAGAACCUCUUCAGUUUUCAAACUGCUACUACAACUAUGCAAGCCAUCUCGAAUUUUCGGAAGCACCUCCGCAUGGUGGGGAGCCGAAGGGUUAAAGCACAAACAUUUGCCGAACGGCGUGAGAGGAGCUUCAGCAGGUCCUGGAGUGACCCGACUCCCAUCAAAGCUGAUUCCUUCCAUGACUCUCGAGAAAGCCAUGACCUUCAGGAUUCCUGUGGCACUUUGGAUGGUGACUUUGACUUGAACUGGGAAGCAGAAAAGGAGCUUGAAGCCAUGGCAUGUGACGGAGAAGACUUUAUUCCACCAAAAAUAAUGCUCAUUUCUUCCAAGGUGCCCAAAGCUGAGUAUGUCCCGACAAUUAUCCGCAGGGACGACCCCUCCAUCAUCCCCAUUCUCUAUGACCAUGAACACGCCACCUUUGAUGACAUCCUAGAGGAAAUAGAGAAGAAGCUUAACAUAUAUCGGAAAGGCUGCAGAAUCUGGAAGAUGCUGAUAUUUUGCCAGGGAGGUCCAGGUCACUUAUACUUGUUAAAGAACAAAGUUGCCACUUUCGCCAAAGUGGAGAAGGAGGAAGAUAUGAUCCUCUUCUGGAAGAGGUUGAGCCGUCUGAUGAGUAAAAUCAAUCCUGAACCAAAUAUCAUUCACAUCAUGGGCUGCUAUGUUCUUGGAAACCCCAAUGGGGAGAAGCUAUUUCAGAAUCUGAAAAACUUAAUGAAUCCUUAUAGGGUUGCCUUUGAGUCUCCACUUGAACUAUCAGCUCAAGGUAAGCAAAUGAUUGAGACUUACUUUGACUUCCGCCUUUACCGCCUCUGGAAGACCCGCCAGCACUCUAAACUAUUGGAUUACGAUGACAUUUUAUGAUCUGGAGAAGACUUUGCAAGAAAAAGUUGAUCACCGGUGUCCAAGAAGUCAUGCUUAUUGCAGAGAGACUCUUUUAUUGGCACAGGGAGCCCUACAGGAGGCAGCAGUGCUGAAGGGAGGGAAGAAGGAGCCCUCAGAAGUGGAUCGGCAAGAAAGUCUCCUGGGUCAAGAGAGACUGGAGGGGAAGGGGUUUGGCACCUCGCUCGCCUCGGGUCAGAGCCGUGGUGUCUCACGAGGAGCUGUGUGAAGUGAGGACAGGAUGGAGUUCCUUGCAGAACUGAGCUGUUUUGGGUCAGAAUGGGCCAGAUUUGUUUCCAGGUCCUUUUAAAGACUUUUAAAGCUCAGGUUUUCUUACUAAAAAAAAAAAAAAAAUAAUAAAUUACCCAUGCACUACAAUGAAGAAGUGACCAGAGCACAGAGGAAGGAGGGUUUUGUACUCAUGGGACCUUCUGUGCCUGGGGAUCUUGGAGAGCAAGGACUGCUACACCUACUCCUGCAAGCUUACAUCAAGACGAUCCAGUUUCAAUGUGAAUAUAUACUGGAAUAUAGAAUCGAAGUCUAACUUUUUUUGGUUUUGUUUCAUAGAAAAUAAGUGCAAUUUUUAUAGCGAGGAGGGUAAAAUCCCUCCUGAUAUUUAAUUAGUUAAAAAUAACACACCGGUAACCAAUAGAUGAGGUAUUUUUGGUCUGCUUGAAAAUAUAUUCAAAAUGGUAAUAUAUCUUCUGUAGACAUAUUUAAUCACCAGCAAACAUGAUUUUAACGUAACCUAGCAGACCCUGCAUGUCUGCUGCAUUGAUUAAUCUGGUUUGGUUCAUUACUUUCAGAGUAGCUGUGUUGCACAAAUUGUAUGUGCUCUCACGAAUGUAUAUUUCUCCUCCAAUUAGACACAACUUUGUUACUUUCUAUUUUGCUGCUUGCAAAACUAUGUGACUUUAGUUUUGCUGAAAUAUUUUAGGUUAGAAAUACAGUACCUGGCUGGGAAGCCUCGGCCAGGUUCACUAUGAUAUAAAAAUGAAUUAGAAAUUAAUAGCCAUGGUAAUUGUUCAUGCCAGUGUUUUGCAAUGUGUUGAGAGAUGAGUUCUCUUUCUGGGCUGCUGUGUCGAGCAGCGAGGGUUCAGACCAUCAGAAAUCCUCCCAGGUGACUGUCCCUGAGGCAUUUGGAAGAAAUGCUUCCUGGAGAGUUCAGCACGGGUUUGUAGCAUGAGUUUGAAUCUUCCCUAUGUUCACUUGGUUGCGACUUGUUUGUGCAUAGAUCCCUUUUUUCCAGUGCUGAAUGACCUGUUUGUGGAUUGGAGCUGCUCACAUCCCUUCCUGUGCAGAACAAAGUAAACGCAGAGCUUUGUUGCAGCAGGUGUGGUUUGAGAGCCCAGAUUUGUACUUGGUAAUUGAGGAUAUCUUUUGGAAUAUAUUUACUUCCUGUUUCUUUGGAGCAGGGACUGAUUUUUGUUUCGGGAGAGGGUUGGUUUGGUUUGUUUUCCUCCAUCUGCAGCUCUCCAGCGGACCAGGCAAUACUGCUUGCAGCCCCUGCAGCUCCCCAGCUCGUCCGGGAGGUGACACACUCUAUUUCUGAUGUGAGUGAAGUGUACUGGAGAUGAACAGGGAGGGCUUGUUUUCCUGAUUUCCUGGUACCUAAAUUACUGGCUUGUGAAGUGAUGGCAAAUAUAUGUACAAACCUUGUUUUAAAUACUUACAAAAAGAAGUCGUCGUUCUGAUCUGUAGAGUACUCCUUCCCUCUGUGACGUGUGUGUGUAACUCCGGGGGGCAGGCCGCAGGCUGGAACUGCUGAACCCUGUACAUUUAGAGCAGUUUCAUAGCAAAACUUCUGAAGGAAGAAUGUACAUAUGGUAAAUAAAGAGAGGAACGGGUGGAGAGAGAGGUGGGAGCCAGGAGGCGACUCAUUGAAGCCGACAGGUUGGAGCUGCCUGCCGUGCCUGCUGGGCUCCGUCCCGGCGCUGUGCGGGUGCCGCUCCUGGCCCGGUUGUGUUUCCAGACCUGCAGUGAAGGGCUCAGGCUGUGAUUUUUGGCAGAAAAUGCCAGAUGUAAAACCAAAACCCACAUGGAUGCCAGUUUUCUGUUACUCAGCGUGGCAGCUUCCACCAGCUGUGCUUGUGAGGGGCGGGAGCCGCGGGUUUAGAAAGCAAAGUCACGUGUUGUGUAGAGAAUGGUCGUGGUGGGAUUAAAAUGCUGGUACAGAACUCUCCCUUUGUGACCCUUUUAUGGUUACACUCCGAACUGGAGACAGGCAACUUGUUCUUCCUCUUUCUUUUCUAAAGUCAAAUCCCAAUUCAGUGAACUUGGUAGCAUGAAUGUAGCAUUGUGGAACUAUUGAAAACCUUCUAUAACUGGGGAAGGGCCCAUUUGUGUACCCACUUCAGUGAUUUGUCUGUAGAACUAUUGUGUAUCUAUUAUCAUUGACCACUUGUAGAGCUCGGGUUGCAAAGCAGAGAGGUAUUUCUUGCAUGAGCUCUGUAGGAAGCUGUGUGUUGGAACGAGCAGCGCAGACUGUUCUGCGGCUGCGUUGGCCGUAGCACAGCGUGAUGACAAACAGCGGAUGCGUUCCUCUCUGUUCCAAAGAUCUAUAUUCAACAUGGUUUGUGAUGUUUAUGACACGAGCGUGUUAUUUCUGUUGUAGCGUUCAUUUGACUCGAGAGACGAAAUACUCUAAAAGCUGCGACUGGAGAGACAAUAGAAUUGUGAUGUUUUCUGUGCAAA